AUGGGUCGUCGGAUCCGAGUCCAACGUAAAGGUGCCGGGGGUAUCUUCAAGUCGCACAAUAAGCACCGUAAAGGUGCAGCACAACUGCGACCGCUUGACUACUCUGAACGUCACGGCUACAUCCGUGGUGUUGUCAAGGACAUCAUCCAUGAUCCAGGACGUGGGGCUCCGUUAGCGAUCAUCGCUUUUCGUGAUCCAUACAAGUACAAGAUUGUUAAAAGCACUGUUGUGGCCGCUGAAGGGAUGUACACUGGGCAGUUCGUUUAUUGCGGUGCCAAAGCCAGUAUACAAGUUGGGAACAUUGUCCCAGUUGGCUGCCUUCCUGAAGGAACAACUAUCUGUAAUGUUGAAGGGAAAUGCGGUGACCGAGGAAAGCUCGCAAAGUGCUCUGGCAACUAUGCCACUGUUAUCGCCCACAACCCCGAUACCAAGAAGACCCGUAUUCGUCUCCCCUCAGGAGCAAAAAAAGUUAUCCAAUCUGCCAACCGCGCCAUGAUCGGAUUGGUGGCCGGAGGUGGUCGUACGGACAAGCCCAUGCUGAAAGCUGGUCGUGCUUAUCACAAGUACAAGGCAAAGAGAAACAGUUGGCCACGAGUCAGAGGUGUUGCGAUGAAUCCUGUAGAACAUCCCCACGGUGGUGGUAACCACCAGCAUAUCGGUCAUCCGUCAACGGUCAGAAGAGACGCCAGCGCAGGAAAGAAGGUUGGUCUUAUCGCUGCACGACGUACAGGAAGAAUUCGCGGAGGAAAGCCAGUUAAAGUUACAAAAGAGGAAGCCGUUUAA